AUGUCUGAUCGCAACCCUGUCCCCGGAGAUCCCUCUGCGUCUGACGCGAUGGGGGACCUGCGUCCUGCGCCCUUCGAAGUCUACGAUCAGCCGAUUCUUAUUGUCUUUGAAGACCCCGCCGACCUGUCCUCGGACUCUGACUCGGAUGAAUCCUUGACUCCUCGCGCCAAUUCCCCGUCCAGCUUCGCAGCCUUUUAUGACACCAACCUUGCUGCCGCUUUUGAAUCGGGAUACUCCGUCGGCAAGGGUUACCAGCGCGCCUAUUUUGGCCUGUAUGAUCUCCGUAUGCGGCGUAUUAUGCCCACUUCUGAGGUUACUGGGGGACAGAUCCAACUUCCUCCUGGCACUCAGGAUUCGGAUGGCCACGAUGACGUCGAGUCUGUGACUGAAGGUGCGAGCUCUGUUUCUUCUCACACUGUCGGCAACAGCCCUAACGUUAUGUCUGAAGCCAGAGAAUCCGAGGCUUCUUGCACAGUCGGAGACAACGCCGGUUUCGUGUCUGAGAGUGAAGGAUCUGACUCCUCUCGCACCGUUACUGGCAGCCCUACUAUGUCUGGACUUUAA